AUGCCUGGACCGACGUCGUACACGGGCUCUUUCUUGCGUGCACGAGCACUGGCCAAGGUACACAAGUUCACCCACGACGUCUCGCCCCACCUCGAAUCGGCCAAGCAGUCCGCAGCCGGCAAGCUCGCACAACUGAGGGACCUGCAACAUGAUCGCGAUGCGUGGGGCGAUGAUCCGAGGAUGGCCGAGCAGGUCAAGCAGAGGCGACGUGAUUAUGCCGAUCCGACGAGGAGGGAUAGCUCCAGUUCGACCGUGUCCGCUUCUCCGACCUCGACGAGGGAACGGUCGCGGUGGAUCGCGGGCGUGUCGAGCUACUUUGGGGGCGGGGGGAACGGCGGUCCUUCGUCGAGUCGACAGGCGAGCACAUCGGCAUACACGGAUGAGAAGGUCGUCUGCUUUCCAGGCGUGAGUGGCUCUCUUAGUUGUCGGCCUCACUUGUCGAAAUAUCUCGAACCCGCUGACAUGCUCGUUCCCUCAUGAACAGUGGGCGACGUUGCGGCCUUCGGCACAUUCAGCAUCAGAACCCGCUCUCGUGCUCGAGAUCGUGGCACAUGGAUAUGCGUACCGACUACGACCGCUCUCGCAAGCCUCGCGCUCGCAGCGAGUCUUUGGCUCCCUCGCUCGGUCGUUCGCCGCCUUGCCGCGUUUAUCGACCCAGCUUCCACCGAAUGGUCAAAUCGACUCGACACAAUCGAUGGAUAACCUACCACCACCGGAGGCUAUCAAAGACGAGGCCUUGCUGGAUGGCAACAUUUUUGAGCGCUUGCUCGACAUCGGUGGACGAGAAGGCACCUCGGAGGAAGAAGCGGAGCUUGCUCGAGCAACUGAAAUUGCGGCUGAGCCGGAGACUAUGACGUUGGAGGAGCAGGCUAAAAGCCCGUUCAAGCCAGGGGCUACUACGGACCAAGAUUCGUCACACCGUGUUGCCCUCACUCCUGCACAGAUGCAUGCCCGUGCGACCGAGGAUACCCGCGGUCAACCCCAGGUCCAUGUCACUCCAGCGUCAUUUACGAGUUCGGCUCAGCACACCAUGACUCCACCAUCGAGAACGCAUGCCGAUCGAGCGAGCACAAUGCCGUCGACUUCUUCUUCUUCCUCGAGACCCUCUCGGGCCUCAUCCAUCUCAUCGCAAGCCACGACCCUCUCGAGUCGAACUGCUCCAACCCGGCCCUCUUCACCUUACCGCGACGCCGUCUAUCGUGAAGAAUGGCCCAAGCCGUUCGAAUUCACCGACAGCGAUCUCCCUAGGCUACACUCGAACCUGCAAGAUCGUCUCUUACCCUUCUUCGGUCAGAAGUUGCCGAAUCGCAAGGUCAGGCUCUCGGUCGUACCCGUGUUUGAUGACGCCGACCCGGCGUGGGACCGCCCUCUGGCGACCAAAGUCGUAUCGACUCUUGGUGGUGGGGCUUUUAGAACGGUUCUCGAGAUGCGUUCCAAGGAGUUACGUCGCUUGCUCGAAGCCACGGGCAAAGGCGUCGAAUCGCUCGAAACGUUGAGGGUCCGAAUUGUCGCUGAGCUGCUCGAACAUGAUCCGAUCGUCGAUGCGAUGGGUGGAGGUGCCUUUACCGGCGAUCAAGGGAUGAAGGUCGUCGCCGAGGACUUUACAGAGUUGGCCGUGGCGCAUGACGGGGGUGUCCGGGUCAUCUCGGAUGUUGACGAUACGUGCAAACAUAGUCAAGUCGUCGAAGGCACCAAGACCCUGUUCAGGAACGUCUUUGUACGAGAACUCUACGAGGUGCAAGUCCCCGGGAUGUCAUCCUGGUUCCGCAAGAUGGAAGCGCAACGAUGCGCUUUCCACUACGUCUCCAACUCGCCUUGGGAGUUGUGGCCCGUCAUUCGGACGUUUUUGGACUUGGCCAAGUUCCCCAAGGGAAGCGUGACGCUCAAAGAGUAUGGUGGGGCGGGAUCGGCGUUGGCCAAGUUGUGGGAGGAACCAGGGAUGAGGAAGAGGGCCAACGUCGAGAAUAUCAUCAAGGAGUUUCAUCAUUCGCAGUGAGUACACUUGGCUUUCAAUUAUGUUGAGGCAGGAAUCGUGCUGAAACGUCUGUCGUUUCUAGAUUCAUCUUGAUCGGUGACUCGGGAGAACAGGACCUCGAGCUCUACACUCAACUCGCGAGCGAAUACCCAGACCACAUUCUCGCCAUCUACAUCCGAGACGUGACCACACCCUUUGCACCCAACGCCCAUUUCGAUCUCACUCAUUUGUCCUCCCAACAUCCGCCGCACAAUAAAUUGGACUCGAUGGACAACGGACAGGCGAACCCAACUAAAAAAUCGGUCCGACCUCCAAUUCCUCCCCGUCCCACGGCCGGCUCGAAACGACCCUCUUUCCUCCGUCGAGGAACGAAUUCAAGACCCUCUUCACCCCCUCUCAUCGACGCGGACUCGGAUCCUCUCUCACCCAACAACCCCCUUCGAGCAACACCCAUGACCCCCACCGUAGCGGAAGACGCACAAGUGCGUAUCGACACGUUCUAUGCGCGUAUCGCCGAGGCGGAGAGAAAGUUGCCAAGGGGGAUUUUGCUCAAGAUCUUUAGGCAUGGAAAGGAGGUGGAGAAGGAGGCGUUGGAGGUGAUCAAGUUUGGGCAGACGGGAGGGGUGCCGAGUGAUAGAGUGCGUUGA